AUGAGCAAAUUUUUAGUGCACUGCUGUUUAAUGAUAUUUACAUCAUUGUUUGCUCUUCGUCUGGAUGGUUUCAUAGAAUGGAGUUAUUGGUGUGUCUUUACACCAAUAUGGUUUUGGAAGAGCAUGGUAAUAUUGGGUGCUACUGUUGGAAUUUAUAUUUGGUGGAGACAUCCACAUGCUAGGCUAGAAGGAGAUGCCUAUGUACAUUACAAGGCAAUGUUAAUCACAUUGGCAUUACAUUUGAUUCUGUUAAUGUUUGAACUAUUAGUAUGUGAUAAAUUAGAAUCCGAAAGACAUCUUUGGAUACUUGUAUUUAUACCAUUGAUCUUUAUUUCAAUAGUGUCAAUAGCAGUAUGUAUUUGGGCUGCAAAACAUGAUCGGUCCUUUGAACUUGAAUUAUUUUGCGCAGUUAAUGUAUUGCAAUUUAUUUUCCUGGCAUUAAGACUUGAUGGUUUUAUAACAUGGAGCUGGGAAGUAGUGUUUGUGCCUGUUUGGACACUUUUAAGCUUGUCUCUUGUUGCUGUUCUAUAUGCAAUAGUAUUUGCUGCUGUUUUAUUAAGAACACCACAAAUUAAUGCCAGACAAAGGCGGACAUCUUUGAAUUCGGCAUUAGCAUAUACAUUUCUUGUGGUUCCAAUUUCAGUGUUCCAAGUGUUAUUAGCAAACAAAUUAGAUGGAGACAUUUCAUUAAAUUAUACUACCGUAGCUAUGCCACUUUUAAUAUCUCAUAUAACACUCAUUUUUAUGUCUUUUGAUGCGAAAGGUGGAAAUAGGUGGUGGUUUGGCAUUAGGAAAGAUUUUUGUCAUUUUUUACUAGGGCUUUGUCCAUUGCUUCAAGAAUAUGGUAACAUUUCGUACCAACCAAGAAGUGAUCAGGAUCAACCACCAUCUGAACCAAUGGUUUCAGAGAAAAAUGAAAAACACAUUAAGAAAAUUGACCUAAUGAAACCUGUUGUACCUAUAAUUUCCAUUGAUAUGCCUGAUUGAUUGUUUCAUUUAGGAUCGAUUCGGGCAUUUGAAAUAUUUCUAUUGAUAUGACUGGUUAAUACCAAGAGCCAUAUCAUAACAAAUAACAGACAGGUUUUUAAUCGGCCUUAAUGAGACGAGAGAUCGGAUACAUCGGCUGGGAUACAAGACUGAGUACUUCGCAUCUUUAUAAUAACAUCGGCAAGAUGUAAAAAGCAAAAUAAUCGCGUGACUUUCAAGAAGAGACGAUUAAAUGAUAAGAGCAUUGUUAACGUUAAUAGAUACCAUUAAUUAUUAAGGAUACCCAAUCAGUUAUUGUGUUAUGAUGUAGAAAUAAUGUACAUAGUCUGUUGUAUUACAAUAACAUUAUAGACUAUAUUAUUAAUUAUUGUAUAUUAUACAUAUCUACCAUGAGCGACGAUCGAUAAAUAAGUAGUGGUAUCAUUUUAUUUUAUAUACUCCAUACGCAAAAAAGGUACCAUUAUAAUCUAAUAAAGUUUAUAU